UUCUCUGGAUCUCUAACGCAGAGCCGCUCCAGCUCCAGCAGGGAAGCAGACACUCAAACCCGGAGCAGGAGUCGACCCAGCCGGCGAGGAUUCUGCGCUUCUCCGCGGGAUAUUCGCGUGUCUGCUGGAGGUCUGCAGAUCUGUCCGCAUCCGACGGGCUUCUCUUACUCUUCAUCCUCCUCCUCCUCAUCACCAUCGUCUCCUGGAUUGAAGGUUUUUUUUGCUGUGGUGAAGGCAACAGUUUCCUCCCUAAUCCUCUGGAAUUAACCCAUUUCUGGAUUAAAAGCAUGGAUAACACCAACAACAGCACUCGAUCUGCAGCAAACAUCCGACAGCCAGCAGCAGACGUAAUGAUCUUUUCUGACACAUCUCUGGAUUAACAUUUAACAUCUGGAUUACAACACACACGCAUUAUCACCAUGAUCCAGCACAUCCUCAGUGUGUUUUGUGGAUUUACGCUGGCUCUGGCUCAGCAAACGCAGUUCAUUACUGUGACCACUAAUUACGGUAAACUCCGCGGGCUCCGUGUGGCUCUUCCCAGUGAGAUUUUGGGCCCGGUGGAGCAGUUUUUGGGCGUCCCGUAUGCUAUGGCCCCUACAGGAGAGCGUCGUUUUCAGGCCCCGGAGCCGCCGCUGUCCUGGCCGGGGAUCAGAAAUGCCACACAGUUCGCUCCGGUGUGUCCGCAGUUUCUGGAGGACCGGCUGCUGCUCACUGAUAUGCUGCCCGUCUGGUUUACUGCCAAUCUGGACACCGUGGCCACAUACGUGCAUGAUCAGAGCGAAGAUUGCCUGUAUCUCAACAUAUACGUGCCCACGGAGGAAGAAACACAAGACGACGCGGGUCUGAAACCGGUUAUGGUCUACAUUCACGGCGGCUCGUAUGUGGAGGGAACAGGGAAUAUGAUCGACGGCAGCGUCCUCGCUAGCUACGGAAACGUCAUCGUGGUCACCGUAAACUACAGACUCGGAGUGCUGGGUUUCCUCAGCACUGGAGAUCAGGCUGCUAAAGGCAAUUACGGUCUUCUGGAUCAGAUCCAGGCUCUGCGCUGGGUGAAGGAGAACAUUCAGUCCUUCAGUGGAGAUCCAGAGCGGGUCACCAUAUUCGGCUCGGGCGCUGGAGCCUCAUGUGUCAGUCUGCUGACGCUCUCACACUACUCUGAAGAUCUGUUCCAGAAGGCGAUCAUCCAGAGCGGCACGGCUCUCUCCAGCUGGGCGGUGAACUACCAGCCGGCCAAAUACACACGUCUGCUGGCCGAAAAAGUGGGAUGUAAUGAAGACGACACGCUGGAGCUGAUCGAAUGCCUCCAGAGCAAAAACUACAAAGAGCUAAUCGAGCAGAACAUCACGCCGGCCAAAUACCACAUCGCUUUCGGACCUGUGAUCGACGGAGAUGUGAUUCCAGACGACCCACAGAUAUUAAUGGAGCAGGGCGAGUUUCUGAACUACGAUAUUAUGUUGGGCGUAAACCAGGGUGAAGGGUAUAAAUUCGUGGAUGGGAUUCUGGACAGUGAGGAUAGAGUGACCAGCAAUGACUUUGAAUUCGCCAUUUCGGAGUUUGUCGAUCAUUUAUACGGCUAUCCUGAAGGAAAGGAUACACUUCGAGAAACCAUCAAGUUCAUGUAUACGGAUUGGGCGGAUCGAGAAAACCCGGAGAUGAGGAGAAAAACGCUGGUGGCGCUGUUUACUGAUCACCAAUGGGUGGCGCCUGCCGUGGCCACAGCGGAUUUACAUGCGCAGUACGGAUCGCCCACGUAUUUCUACGCGUUUUAUCACCACUGCCAGAGUGAUAUGAAGCCAGCGUGGGCUGAUUCGGCACAUGGAGAUGAGCUGCCGUAUGUGUUUGGGAUUCCCAUGAUCGGACCCACAGAUCUGUUCAACUGCAACUUCUCCAAGAAUGAUAUCAUGCUGAGCGCCGUCGUCAUGACCUACUGGACCAACUUCGCCAAAACUGGAGACCCGAAUCAACCAGUUCCCCAGGACACGAAGUUCAUCCACACCAAACCCAACCGCUUCGAAGAGGUGGCCUGGUCCAAAUACAACCCUAAAGACCAGCUAUACCUGCACAUCGGGCUAAAGCCACGUGUCCGGGAUCACUACCGCGCCACUAAAAUCGCCUUCUGGCUGGAGCUAGUGCCACACUUACACAACAUCAAUGAACUCUUCCAGUACGUCUCCUCAACAACCAAAAUCCCUCCUCAAGACACGACGCCGUUCUCCUACACCAAACGCUUGUCAAAUAAACUCUUUCCGUCCACCACCCGCCAUCCGCCCGCUCCGCCAGCAAACACCAAACAAAUGUCAGACCAGCAGAAGACGUCAGAGCAUGCUGAUGGUACGGUUAUAAUCGAAGCACGUGAUUAUUCAACAGAAUUGAGCGUCACAAUCGCCGUUGGUGCAUCACUGCUGUUUCUGAACAUCCUAGCAUUCGCCGCGCUCUACUAUAAGAAGGAUAAACACCGAUUGGAAUCAAGCCGCAGGUUGAGUCCUCCGAGAAACCAUGCUAACGAUAUUCCCCGCGUGCCCAGCGAAGAAUUGAUGUCUCUUCAGAUGAAGCAGAUGGAUCACGAUCAUGAUUGCGAUUCUCUGCAGGGUCACGAUAUGAUCCGUUUGACGUGCCCGCCGGAUUAUGCGCUAACACUGCGUCGCUCGCCUGAUGACGUGCCGCUUAUGGCGCCCAACGCUAUCUCUAUGAUCUCCAGUUCAUUAGUUAGCAUGCAGCCAGCGUACCACAGUCCGUUUAACGCCUUCGGGAACAGCACGCCGAGCAGCACGGGGCUCCCGCACGGACACUCCACCACCAGAGUAUAACCCAGACUGAUCAGUAUUAACCCAGACUGCUCAGAUGUGCAGCCGCUGUGCUAUUUUGUUACAGACUCUUUUAUGAAUUAAGCGACGUUACACUUAUUAACCUGUAUAAUGUGAUCAGUGAAUGUAAUCAUUUAAAAUGCGAUCAUGGGACGGCGACUGCAAACGCUCACACUGCAGAAGAAUAAUGCUGGGUUUAGUCUUGUUUCAAGUCUAAAUAUCUAAAAAUUCGCAGAAGUAAAAAAUUAUGUUUUUUUUCGAAGAAAUUUUGCCUUCAAAUUAGUUAAAUAAUCUGUUAUUGGGGUAAUCAAUGUAAACGUAUUUCAUAGCAAA